AUGGUAAAAUCAGUUCCAGUUCCCUUGGUGAACCUCGACUUUGGCACCGAUCCCCUCUUCAGCUUUAGUGCACAUCCAAGCAAAAAUGCUCUUGUUGUUGGUUCCGGCACUGGACAAGUCAAGUUGCUGAAAUAUGACGUUGAAAAGUUGGAAAAUCACAUAUUUCACUCUGCAGACAAAGGAUGCGCACAGAUCGAUGUCAGAGCUAAGGAGCUUCAAGGAUCAGACUGUGUCACUAUUGGAUGGCGCACAAAGCGUCACCAGGGUAGUUGCAGAUCCAUUAUAUUCGACACAAAUGGUGAGUAUGUGUACUCCGCUGGUCUCGACAAGCAGAUAAAAAAAGCCAAAGCGGAAACAGGCGUGGUGGUCGCAAAGUCAGAAAUCCUUGCUUCGAACAUCACCAAGAUCUUGACUGUUCCUAAUAAAAAUUUUCUGAUAGUGGGAACGGAAGAUGGUGACGUUCUCUGUCUUGACUCCAACACACUGAAGCAAACAUACCAAAUAAAAAAAGUUCACGAGGAUGCAGUCAAUUCUAUAAGCCACUACGUGCCAAAAUCUGAUUAUCAGUUUGUCACUACCGGGUCCACGACUCUCUCGCAUAUAGACAUCAGGAAAGACCAACCUCUGCACCAAAGUGAAGACCAAGAAGACGAGCUCUUAUGUUCUGCAUGGUUGGAUCCUACUAAUCCCAAUACCAUGCUCUGUGGAAUGGGAGAAGGUGUGGUCACUGUGUGGAGGCCUGAAAUGAACGAUUUUGCGGACCAAAUCUCCAGAGUCCGCAUCAGCAAGGAGCCUGUCGAGUCUCUUAUUUCUGCGCUGGAUAGCGAGGGUGAUCAUUUUUGGGUGGGUUCGUUUGACGGAACCGUCUCGAGGGUUAACAUCAGAUCGGGAAAGGUGGUUGAGAAAAGAGCGCACAGUGAGACUGACGAGGUGUCAUAUUUGGACCUGGAUCAUGAGUACAGAUUGAUAAGUGCGGGCAUGGAUAGAUUAACUAUAUGGAGGGAAACUGGGGAUGUCGACUCAAGCAGCGACGAGGAGGAUGAGGAAGAGAUCGACGAGACUGCUAAAAAUUCAGAUUCAGACUCAUCUUCAGAAAACUCCGACUCUAACGAUGACAGGCCCAUUGUGCCUUUGAUCGAAAUCAAGGAAAAGCUUCUUGCUCAGCUGGAAGACUCUGACGAGGAGCCGCCUAAAAAACGGAAAAAACAGAUGAAAAAAGAGACCAAGAAGCAAAAAGCACACACGCAGGAGCAUGGGAUCAGGAAAUUCGACGGUCUGUAA